UUUAACUCUAUCAACAUGUUGAAGUUCGUGAUUUUAUUGUCUGCAGUGGCUUGUGCCUUGGGAGCUGCCAUUCCCGAUGGUAUGUUGCCUCAAUUGGAUGGUCGUAUUGUCGGUGGUGCCGCCACCACAAUCAACUCCUUCCCCUGGCAAAUCUCUUUGCAACGUAGUGGCUCCCACUCCUGCGGUGGUUCCAUCUACAACAGCAAGAUCAUCGUCACUGCCGCUCAUUGCCUGCAAUCCGUCUCUGCUUCAUCCUUGAAGGUGCGUGCUGGUUCCACCUACUGGAACUCCGGCGGUGUCCUGAUUUCCGUUGCUGCUUUCAAGAAUCACGAAGGAUACAAUCCCAGCACCAUGGUCAACGAUAUUGCCGUCAUCCGUUUGUCCUCUGCCUUGACCAUGAGCUCUACCAUUAAGGCUAUUGGCUUGGCCAGUACCAAUCCCGCUAACGGUGCCGCCGCUUCAGUCUCUGGCUGGGGUACCACCUCUGUUGGUGGCUCCAUCCCCUCUCAAUUGAGAUAUGUCGAUGUCAAGAUUGUCAGCCGCACCAACUGUGCUUCCUCCACCUAUGGCUAUGGCUCUCAAAUCAAGGCUUCCAUGAUCUGCGCCUACACCGUUGGCAAGGAUGCUUGCCAAGGUGAUUCCGGUGGCCCAUUGGUUUCUGGUGGUCAAUUGGUCGGUGUUGUCUCCUGGGGCAUUGGCUGCGCUUACACCAACUAUCCCGGUGUCUAUGCUUCGGUUGCUGACCUUCGUUCCUGGGUCGUCAAUGCUGCUGGUUCCGCUGCGAUUGCUUCUUCCGGUGAACGAUCUUUAAUAUCGAAGUCGUCGGUAGAGGCAAAACACUUACCACUCGGUAUUGUUAUGGAGCCCUUCCCGAGCCAUCACACUUCCAGUUUGGCAGUAAUGUCUGCCCUGUACUUCUCCAAAAAAUUCGUCAGUGCGUUCACUGCUUUGCGUUUGUCGGGUAAACUCGUGGCUCAUUUCAGCUCACUACCUUUAAGAGUAGCAACGCAGGUGACACCGCGGGGAGUUUUUGCUAUAAAAACGGGGGAAACUUGGCAAAACUUCAGUAGUUGGUUUAACUCUAUCAACAUGUUGAAGUUCGUGAUUUUAUUGUCUGCUGUGGCUUGCGCCUUGGGAGCUGCCGUUCCCGAGGGUAUGCUGCCUCAAUUGGAUGGUCGUAUUGUCGGUGGUGCUGCCACCACAAUCAACUCCUUCCCCUGGCAAAUCUCUUUGCAACGUAGUGGCUCCCACUCCUGCGGUGGUUCCAUCUACAACAGCAAGAUCAUUGUCACUGCCGCUCAUUGCUUGCAAUCCGUCUCUGCCUCUUCCUUGAAGGUGCGUGCUGGUUCCACCUACUGGAACUCUGGCGGUGUCCUGAUUUCCGUUGCCGCUUUCAAGAAUCACGAAGGUUACAAUCCCAGCACCAUGGUCAACGAUAUUGCCGUCAUCCGUUUGUCCUCCGCCUUGACCAUGAGCUCUACCAUCAAGACUAUCGGUUUGGCCAGUUCCAAUCCCGCUAACGGUGCUGCCGCUCAAGUUUCUGGCUGGGGUACCACCUCUGUUGGUGGCUCCAUCCCCACUCAAUUGAGAUAUGUCGAUGUUAAGAUUGUCAGCCGCACCAACUGUGCUUCCUCCACCUAUGGCUAUGGUUCUCAAAUCAAGGCUUCCAUGAUCUGCGCCUACACCGUUGGUAAGGAUGCUUGCCAAGGUGAUUCCGGUGGCCCAUUGGUAUCUGGUGGUCAAUUGGUCGGUGUUGUCUCCUGGGGCUAUGGCUGUGCCUACACCAACUAUCCUGGUGUCUAUGCUUCGGUUGCUGAUCUCCGUUCCUGGGUUGUCAAUGCUGCUGGCGCCACCUUGGAGGCGCGGUUCCCAUUGAGGCGAAUAAAGGCCUCAACGGGCUGCAUAUCCAGUAUCACCUUGAGAUCUGCCUUCGAUGCGGAUCUCAGUGUUCCUGUGACUUCGACGCAGGAUAGCUUCGAUCGAGGACUAUGGAAAUACUUCGCCUCUUCAACAGCUGUAGGUAGUUGGUUAAACUCUAUCAACAUGUUGAAGUUCGUGAUUUUAUUGUGCGCUGUGGCCUGUGCCUUGGGAGCUGCCGUUCCCGAGGGUAUGCUGCCUCAAUUGGAUGGCCGUAUUGUCGGUGGUGCUGCCACCACAAUCAACUCCUUCCCCUGGCAAAUCUCUUUGCAACGUAGUGGCUCCCACUCCUGCGGUGGUUCCAUCUACAACAGCAAGAUUAUUGUCACUGCCGCUCAUUGCUUGCAAUCCGUCUCUGCCUCUUCCUUGAAGGUGCGUGCUGGUUCCACCUACUGGAACUCUGGCGGUGUCUUGAUUUCUGUUGCCGCUUUCAAGAAUCACGAAGGUUACAAUCCCAGCACCAUGGUCAACGAUAUUGCCGUCAUCCGUUUGUCCUCCGCCUUGACCAUGAGCUCUACCAUCAAGACCAUCGGUUUGGCCAGUUCCAAUCCCGCUAACGGUGCCGCCGCUCAAGUUUCUGGCUGGGGUACCACCUCUGUUGGUGGUUCCAUCCCCACCCAAUUGAGAUAUGUCGAUGUUAAGAUUGUCAGCCGCACCAACUGUGCUUCCUCCACCUAUGGCUAUGGCUCUCAAAUCAAGGCUUCCAUGAUCUGCGCCUACACUGUUGGUAAGGACGCUUGCCAAGGUGAUUCCGGUGGCCCAUUGGUAUCCGGUGGUCAAUUGGUCGGUGUUGUCUCCUGGGGCUAUGGCUGUGCCUACACCAACUAUCCCGGUGUCUAUGCUUCGGUUGCUGAUCUCCGUUCCUGGGUUGUCAACGCUGCUGGUUCCGUGCCAACGGGGAUUCGCGUCGAACACUUACGCCAUCCCACUUUGCCGUCGUACAUAGACAUCUCUGAUGUCUCUAAGAAUGCCAGGGAGUUUCCCCCAAGCACAAUAUCUACUUCAUUGGAUGAGUCAGCUGUUGUUCCCAAUGGCAUGCUUCCGCAACUGGAUGGUCGUAUUGUGGGUGGCAUAGAUACAACAAUCGAUUCCUUUCCCUGGCAGAUAUCCUUGCAACGUAGUGGUUCUCAUAUUUGCGGAGGUUCGGUGUAUUCUGCCAACAUCAUUGUUACCGCUGCUCAUUGCUUGCAAUCUGUCACUGCCUCUGUUUUGAGAGUACGUGCUGGUUCCACCUACUGGAACUCUGGAGGUACUGUGGUCAAUGUGGCCGCCUUUAGAAAUCAUGAAGGCUACAAUCCCAGCACUAUGGUCAAUGAUAUUGCCGUUGUUCGUUUGUCUUCAUCCUUGACCAUGAGUUCCACUAUCAAGGCCAUUGGUUUGGCUUCUUCCAAUCCUGCUCAAGGUGCUGACGCUCAAGUUUCCGGUUGGGGCACCACUACUUAUGGCUCCGCUACAAUUCCCAACCAAUUGAAAUAUGUCGAUGUUACGAUUGUUAGCCGUACCAACUGUGCUUCCUCCACCUACGGCUAUGGCUCUGCAAUCAAGGAAUCCAUGAUCUGUGGCUACGCCUUUGGUAAAGAUGCUUGUCAAGGUGAUUCUGGUGGGCCAUUGGUAUCGGGCGGAGUCUUGGUCGGUGUUGUUUCCUGGGGCUAUGGCUGUGCCUACGACAACUAUCCCCAUGUCUAUGCUUCGUUCGUGAUUUUGUUAUCUGCUGUGGCCUGUGCCUUGGGAGCUGCCGUUCCCGAGGGUAUGCUCCCCCAAUUGGACGGUCGUAUUGUGGGUGGUGUGGCUACCACAAUUAACUCCUUCCCCUGGCAAAUCUCCUUGCAACGUAGUGGCUCUCACUCCUGCGGUGGUUCCGUCUAUUCUGGCAAUAUCAUUGUGACUGCCGCUCACUGCUUGCAAUCCGUCUCUGCCUCCUCCUUGAGGGUUCGUGCUGGUUCCACCUACUGGAACUCUGGUGGUACCUUGGUCAAUGUUGCCGCUUUCAGAAAUCAUGAGGGUUACAAUCCCAGCACCAUGGUCAACGAUAUUGCCGUCAUCCGUUUGUCCUCCGCCUUGAGCAUGAGCUCUACCAUUAGAGCCAUCGGUUUGGCCACCUACAAUCCCGCUAACGGUGCCGCCGCUCAAGUUUCUGGCUGGGGUACCACCUCUGUUGGAGGCUCCAUCCCCACCCAGUUGAGAUAUGUCGAUGUUAAAAUGGUCAGUCAAGCCAGCUGCGCUUCCUCCACCUAUGGCUAUGGUUCUCAAAUCAAGGCUUCCAUGAUCUGCGCCUACACCGUUGGCAAGGAUGCUUGCCAAGGUGACUCCGGUGGUCCAUUGGUAUCUGGUGGUGUCUUGGUUGGUGUUGUCUCCUGGGGCUAUGGCUGCGCCUACACCAACUAUCCCGGUGUCUAUGCUUCGGUUGCUGAUCUCCGUUCCUGGGUUUACUAUCGUCGCCACGAUUAUACCGCUAUGGUAAAACCUGCUCCUAUCCUUUCCCAUUGUCCCAUCGCUUUAAGUCUCAUAGCCACAGUGGCGCCCCUGGCCCAAGGCCCUCGCAUAUGCAGACAGCUUCCUCAACCUUCCCUGAACAAAGACUAUAGUAGUACAGAGAAAUCGGCCACCCACCAUGAUGAUGACGUCAUGCGCGUAGGCAUCGACCUUCACUCGCUUCUUGUCGAAAGACCUGAGAAUCUCAUUGAAAAACAGAGUGAUACAGAACCAUACGCAGUACUACCCCAACCGGUGACACCGGCAAGCGCAUCAGCAGCGGGAAUGGAGGUGGCCAAAGUGAUAAGCUUGACAUUUGGCCCCAUUGAGAGUGGAGAAGAUAGGCGAAUAACGGCAAUGUCAUUUAUCUUUGUUCUGGGGCACAAUUACAAUGAAUUUUUAGAAAACAGAAAUAACAUUCGUGAAACAUGGAAAUUGAUAAAUAGAAUCACAGGUAAACGUGUUGACAACAUUGAUGCAAGCAUUAAAAGAAAUUUUCCGAUGAGGAAUGCACAAAACUUGGCAAAUAAUUUUGCCAACUCUCUCGAAAAUAAUGUCCAGAAAAUAUUACACACGUGCAACAUCAAAACCUAUCAAUAUAAUAGUAAUUGUCUACAAAAUACAUUGUACAUGGAGGACACUAAUGAGGAGGAAAUAUUUAACAUACUAAAUUCCUUGAAUGUAAGAAAAACCGCUGGAAUUGACGGCAUCAGAUCUAUAGACAUUAAAUCUAACGCUAGCUAUCUAACAACUGUUAUAACUGCUUUUGUAAACAUGAGUUUAAGAGAAUCGUCAGUACCUGCUCUUUUAAAAACCGCAAUCUUCAAAAUGUUAAAGUUUCUGAUUUUAUCAACGGCACUUGUUGCCUGUGCCUUGGGAGCUGCAGUCCCCGAGGGCAUGUUGCCCCAAUUAGAUGGACGCAUUGUAGGCGGUUCCCCUACCACUAUUAAUAGCUAUCCUUGGCAAAUCUCUCUACAACGUAGUGGUGCCCAUUCCUGCGGCGGUUCCAUCUACUCGCCCUACAUUGUCGUAACUGCUGCUCACUGCUUGCAAUUCGCCACCUCUAGCGCUCUAAAGGUGCGCGCUGGUUCUACCACUUGGAAUGCUGGUGGCACUUUGGUCUCAGUGGCUGCUUUCAAAAAACAUCAAGGAUACAGCAUUGUAAGCAUGAUGAAUGACAUUGCUGUUCUCCGUUUGAGCUCCUCGUUGACUUUUGGUCCUACCAUUAAACCCAUUGAGUUGGCUACUAAGGCUCCUGCUGAUGGCGCUAUUGCUGCUGUCUCUGGUUGGGGUACUUUGGAAGCCGGAGGCUCUUUUUUGCCAACCACUUUGCAAUAUGUCGAAGUCAGCAUUUUGAGUCAAACGUCCUGCGCUUCUUCCAGCUAUGGCUAUGGUACUCAAAUCAAACCUACUAUGAUCUGUGCCUAUACCGUUGGCAAAGAUUCCUGUCAAGGUGAUUCGGGUGGCCCAUUGGUAUCCGGUGGUGUCUUGGUGGGUGUUGUUUCCUGGGGUAAGGGUUGUGCUGAGCAAAAUUAUCCUGGUGUAUAUGCCGAUGUUGCUGCUCUCCGCUCCUGGGUUAUCGAUACCGCUGCAUCUUCAGUGAUUACCAUUUCGUACAUCAUGUUGAAGUUUGUGAUUUUAUUGUCAGCUGUUGCCUGUGCCUCCUUGGCCGCUGAAAUCCCCAAGGGUAUGUUGCCCCAAUUGGAUGGACGCAUUGUUGGUGGUCAAGCUACCACAAUCAGUGCCUUCCCCUGGCAAGUCUCUCUCCAGCGCAGUGGCUCCCACUCUUGCGGUGGCUCUGUCUACUCUGCCAAUAUCAUCAUUACCGCUGCCCAUUGCUUGCAAGGAGGUGUCCCCACCUCCGUCCUAAAGGUCCGUGCUGGUUCCACCACCUACAAUGCUGGCGGAAGUUUGGUGUCGGUUGCUGCCUACAAAAAUCAUGAAGGCUACAGUUCCAACCUCAUGACCAACGAUAUUGCUGUCAUCCGUUUGAGCUCAUCCCUUACCUUCGGUUCCAACAUCAAAGCCAUUGAAAUGGCUACCAAGGCUCCUGCUAGUGGUGCUGCCGCCGUUGUCUCUGGCUGGGGUUCUUUGCAAUCCGGUGGUUUCACUCUCCCCACCAACUUGCAAUAUGUUGAUCUGAGCAUUGUCAGCCGUGAAGAUUGUGCCUCUUCCACCUAUGGUUAUGGCUCCGACAUUCGUCCUACCAUGAUCUGUGCCUAUUCGGUGGGUAAGGAUUCUUGCCAAGGUGAUUCUGGUGGCCCAUUAGUGUCUGGUGGCAAAUUGGUUGGUGUUGUAUCCUGGGGUUAUGGUUGCGCUUGGGCCAACUAUCCUGGUGUCUAUGCUGAUGUUGCUGCCCUCCGCUCCUGGGUAUUGGAAGCCGUUGUCAAAUCAGUGAUUACCAUUUCGUACAUCAUGUUGAAGUUUGUGAUUUUAUUGUCAGCUGUUGCCUGUGCCUCCUUGGCCGCUGAAAUCCCCAAGGGUAUGUUGCCCCAAUUGGAUGGACGCAUUGUUGGUGGUCAAGCUACCACAAUCAGUGCCUUCCCCUGGCAAGUCUCUCUCCAGCGCAGUGGCUCCCACUCUUGCGGUGGCUCUGUCUACUCUGCCAAUAUCAUCAUUACCGCUGCCCAUUGCUUGCAAGGAGGUGUCCCCACUUCCGUCCUAAAGGUCCGUGCUGGUUCCACCACCUACAAUGCUGGCGGAAGUUUGGUGUCGGUUGCUGCCUACAAAAAUCAUGAAGGCUACAGUUCCAACCUCAUGACCAACGAUAUUGCUGUCAUCCGUUUGAGCUCAUCCCUUACCUUCGGUUCCAACAUCAAAGCCAUUGAAAUGGCUACCAAGGCUCCUGCUAGUGGUGCUGCCGCCGUUGUCUCUGGCUGGGGUACUUUGCAAUCCGGUGGUUUCACUCUCCCCACCAACUUGCAAUAUGUUGAUCUGAGCAUUGUCAGCCGUGAAGAUUGUGCCUCUUCCACCUAUGGUUAUGGCUCCGACAUUCGUCCUACCAUGAUCUGUGCCUAUUCGGUGGGUAAGGAUUCUUGCCAAGGUGAUUCUGGUGGCCCAUUGGUGUCUGGUGGCAAAUUGGUUGGUGUUGUAUCCUGGGGUUAUGGUUGCGCUUGGGCCAACUAUCCUGGUGUCUAUGCUGAUGUUGCUGCCCUCCGCUCCUGGGUAUUGGAAGCCGUUGUCAAAGUUUAGACAAUUAUUGCAUUGAAAUGCUAAU